CACUCCACCCUCCCUCCUCCCGAAUUCGACCUCGCCCCAAAACACCCUUUUCUCCGUUACUCCUCCGCCUCCCUCCAAUGUCGUCCCCGCCGCCCACAUCUGGUAGGGAGCAGAUCGCCGACAUCAAGGCGCCGCGUCCGCACGCCGCGGACACCACCGGCGCAGCGGGAGACAUCGGAGCUGUCGAGGCAAACCAAGCAGUGUCCGUCGGUGAGGCCAAGGCGACGCCGUCGCCGGCGACCAUCUGCCCCGCCUGCACGGAGCCCUGGAGCAGCGACGGCCCUCAUCGCAUGUGUUGUAUUCCUUGUGGGCAUGUGUACGGCAGAUCUUGUAUGGAGACGUUGCUCGGUCGUUCUGGCCAGAAUAGUGCCAAGUGCCCUCAGUGUGGCAAACAAUUUGAGGAGAAGCUUAUAAUCAACCUCUACGCACCAGAGAACAUGUUGGAGGGUUGCUGCAGUCCUGAGGAAAUUACAACGUUUUACGAACAUAUAUUUGUUGCAGUAAGGGCAACGUGUAUUGAGAUUCAACAAUGGUUUAGAGAAUGGGUUGCUCAGAUGGAGAGAAUAGUAAACAAAAAGUUGACAAUGGCUAAGGCCAACGUGAUGUUAAUGAAGGAGCGAUUGAAGAAGAUGGCUGAACAAGAAAAGAUGGUGCCAAAGGAUAUGAUAGUGUUCAUGGAGCAGAAUUGCCCUCAGCUGAUGAUUUGUGUGUCGUGCGUGUUCUCGUCCAUACCAGCACCUGGUAUGGAAGGUAGGGAUGAGAUUGCCAAUGUCGAAAUUAUGGUCAGAGAGGGGCCUUGUCACCAUGCCGUGGAAGCUAGCGAACGGGGUGGCAGAGGCAAUGAGUUAAAUCAUACUGUAUCUGGUUCGGGCGAGGAGACCGAUGGCUCAUACAGAGAGAGUAGCUACUUUGGUGAAUAUAAUGCGAACAUCUCCAACAAAGAAGCAAAUAGGAUGCUGGUGAGUGCGAACAUGGAGGCUUCAGCUGAAGGGGGGAAAGGCAUUGAUGCUAAGGCACCAGCACGGCCAACCUGCUCUAUCUGCAUGGAACCGUGGACCUCCACGGACGAGCAUCACAUCUGUUGCAUUCCUUGCGGGCAUGUCUACGGCUGGUCGUGCCUAAUAAGGUGGCUCAGGGAUCAGCUUUCAAGGAAUGAGAAUCUGAAGUGCCCUCAAUGUGCGGAAAAAUUUGAAGGCAAUCUUAUCAACCUCCAUGCACCAUUGUGUCAGGAAGUGCAUGAGUAUUAUGAAACUAAGUUGGCUGAGUUUGAGGCAUCGAGGGAAGAAUGUAUGAUAUUUGCAAAAUAUCAUUCUCAGUAUGACCUGCUAAGUGCACAGGCGAAGUUUCGGGAUGAGCUGCGUGCACUAAUUAGCCCUGAAAUUGCUGAGGUUGAAAGAGUGAUGAUGGAACACGUGGCAAAGGCUAACAGUAGCUUGGUGCUGAUGAAGGAGCACAUGAAGAAGAUGGCUGAAGAAGACACGGUGACAACGGAGCAUCUGAUCGGAUACAUGGAACAGACUUGCCAUUGCUCUUGCCUCUUUCCUACCCUACCCAAUCUACCCAUAUGACCCUGCUGAUCAAAGCUGAUGGAUGGUCUGCUUUGUACCACACAUUAUGUAUUUGUACUUCAUCAUAUGUACUGUGGUGUACCAGGACUCUGGUUUGACCUCAUCAUUUGUCAAGAACAUGGCAGCUGGCGCUAGGGUCACCAAGUCUUCCUGUGUGGAGAUGUGGUGUGAACACUAAGUAUGUUCAAACAGUCGAAAAUAUGUGGUACUUGCUUCUUUUAAGGUAAACCAUUGGUCUGUUUA